AUUGUGCAGCGAAGAGCAGGCUCAAUGGGGUGCGACACUUCACUGACUCUAGGCUGCCGCCUUUCAGCUUCUUUGUGUCAGUGCACUUUCAAUUUGAUCAUUCCUGAGCAAAUGAAUGCGACGAGACAAGAGAUGAGGUAUCCCAAACAGGGCGUGCCAUCGGUCUGCGACAUGCAACGUUUUCCUGCCACGAUGUACUAUCAAUUCGUCGAAGGGAAAAUGUUGACGGAUGUGCUGAACGAGCAACGGAGCAUUGUUGGAAUAGAGAAGCGAAGCUGGCCACUUUUUGAGUGGCAUUCUAGACCGAAAGAAGCUGUCAUACAGGGAGAUCCUUUUCUUUGCCCAGAGCCACCAGUCAAGGAAGCAGAGAAGGAGAUCCGGCCUGGGAGAAAAAGACCAGACAGGCCGUCGAGGAAGGAUUAUGGUGACGUUUGUCUUUGUCCCGAUUUUCAAGACAAUGGUAAGGGGCAGUGCAGUCAUAAGGAGCUGAUAUGCGAGACAAUCAGCUUGACUCAGGCCAUUGACAACUUGCGAAGGGGUGGAGGUGGGUUGUUCGACGUUUACGUGGAAAAGUUCCCCCAGCUGAAGGAUUAUGUGGAACCCAUUUCAGGCACAGCAAUAGCGACCGACCAGGUAUCGCAAGAAAACUGGGCAACGCUGCUCGCCGCAGUUGAUUCGGUCAUUGAAAGAGGCUUGGAUAGCGACCUCAACCUACCUGCAGAAGCGAACGACGAAUUUUGACUUGCUCGGGGUCUGGAUGCGCACUUCUGCAUCUUAUGUUGCAGACGCCAAAAAGUUUCAUGCGGGUUCCAUCAGUGAGCGAUGAAGACACCUUCACCGACCGCGAAUC